AUGGUGCUCGGAUUCGGUCACCACUCUCAGCGCGACCCCAACGUUAAGGGCGAGGAGCGUGGUCGCGACCCCUUCAUCGCUACAGGCCGCGGUGGUGCGGGCAACAUCAUUCGCUCGCCCUCGCGAUCGCGUGACCGCUCAGGCAAUGCCAUCCCUCAGCAGACCGCUGCUGCCGCUGCAGUGCCCUCGCACAUGAUCUCGAGCGGCCGAGGUGGCGCUGGCAACGUUCGCUCGCCCUCGCGCGACCCUCUGGACCGCAAGCGUGCCGCAGAGGUUCAGGCUCGCGAGGACAAGCUGCAGGAGGAGUACCGACAGCAAGACCUCAAGGCCCCGCACUCGACCGGUCGCGGUGGCGCCGGCAACAUUGCCGCCGACGCUGAAGAACGCGGUCGCGGCCGCGGCGACUCCUCCAACGGCGGAGGAGGCGGUGGCGUCUCAGGUCUACUGAGGUCGCUCUCGAGGUCUCGAUCGCGCGAGCCGCGCGGCGGCAAAGAAUCGCCCAAGAACCGCUCCCAGUCGCGCCCGCGCGCGUCCGAGUCGAGCAAACUCGCCCAGGUCGACGAAAGCGCGCGCAGCUCCGAGGAAGAAUCGGCCUACACCCACUCCACCCACACGGCCAACAAUUCCAACGGCCACCAUCCGGGCACUUUGUAG